AGGACGAGUCUAUAAAGACACUCUUUCGAAGUGAUUGGUCUUCGGAGGGUGGACGACGCCGACGAGAUCACAUCGGCAAGAUGCCUAAGCAGAUACAUGAAAUUAAGGAUUUCCUUCUCACAGCCAGAAGAAAAGAUGCACGUUCUGUGAAGAUAAAGAAGAGCAAAGACGUCGUCAAGUUCAAAGUCCGAUGCUCCAAGUACCUCUACACACUUUGUGUAUUUGACCCUGAAAAAGCAGACAAGCUGAAGCAAUCUCUCCCUCCAGGUCUCACUGUUCAAGAUAUAUGAAGAACAAGUCUCUAGUUGUACUAUGCUUGAUAAUUAAAUGAACUAAUUGUGUUUUUUUCCAAGCGAACAACCACUACUGAUCUUAAAAUGUUCAUUGGCAGUUUCAUUUUAUAUGGAUAUAUAUUCUUUUUUUUUCC